CUCCACCCUUCUUAUAGACAACGUAAAGCCGCUCCUCCUCCGCCGCAUCACCGCUCUCUAUCUUCUCUCUCGAAGUCGGAUUUCCCGAAGCCUCAAUUUGUGGAAUCUGCACAAUUAUCAGCUCAUCUACUCUUGUUCUAAUGCUUACGGGGUCGCAAACUCCGCCACCAGAGGCUCACCUCCUCAAGAAGCCCAAAGGAGCGCCACAGGCGUCCUCCUCGCCGCUGCACCCUCUCAAGUCUCCUGGCGCACUACCGUGUUCUGUCCCCUUCCGCCACCGCCCCGUCCUCGUUCUGUCUCUCCUCGCCCUCCAACUCCUCCUCCUCCUCUCCGCUCGCUUCCUCCACGCUCCGCACCUCCUCCUCCGCCGCCGUUCCCACUCCACCCAUCAUCCCCCUGCCGCCACUCUCACCGACAAUCCAUGCCCCUCCGGUCGAAUCUACGUCUACGACCUCCCCCCGGUGUUGAACGCCGACCUGAUCGCUGCCUGCAACGACCUCAGCCCGUGGGCCUCACGCUGCGUCGCACUCUCCAAUGGAGGCUUCGGCCCUCCCGCCGCCGACCUCGCUGGCGUCGUCCCCUCCUCCUUGCUUGCCUCUUGGUACUCCACAGAUCAGUUCGCCGCGGAGCUCAUCUUCCACCGCCGCAUCCUCAACCACCGGUGCCGCACCGCCGACCCCUCUGCCGCCGCCGCCUUCUACGUGCCAUUCUACGCCGGCCUCGCUGUCGGCAAGCACCUGUGGUCCUCGACAUCCACCUCCGGCGACCGCGACCGCGACUGCGCCAUCCUCCUGCGCUGGAUCAAGAACCAGGAUCCCUGGAAGCAAUCCAACGGCUGGGAUCACUUCAUAACGUUGGGCCGAAUCACAUGGGACUUCCGCCGGUCGAGGGAGGGCGACUGGGGCGGGAGCUUCCUCUACAUGCCCGGGAUGGAGAACGUGACCCGCCUACUUAUCGAGCGCAACCCGUGGGACGGCAAGGACGUCGGAAUACCCUAUCCGACCGGGUUCCACCCGCGGACGGUGGACGAGGUCAGAGAGUGGCAGCAAUUCGUGCUGAACCGGAACCGUUCGACAUUGUUCGGGUUCGUGGGCGCGGCUCGAUCUGGGUUCAAAGACGACUUCCGGGCGCUGCUGCUGGGUGAGUGCGGGCGGGCGGGGAAGGGCCGGUGCCGCUCCGUGGACUGCGGGGGCGGGCGUUGCGGAAACCGGAGCGCGGAGACGUUGAGCCUGUUCCUUGACUCUGUGUUCUGCCUGCAGCCGCGGGGUGACAGCUUCACGCGGCGAUCCAUGUUCGACUGCAUGCUGGCUGGCGCGGUGCCGGUUCUGUUCUGGCGGCGCAGCGCGUACGUGCAGUACCGAUGGUACCUGCCGGGCGGCGACGAGGAGAGGGAGGGGGACUGGUCGGUGUUCAUCGACAGGCGGGACGUGAGGAGCGGGGCGGUGAGCGUGAAGAAGGUGUUGGAGAAGAUAGGGGAGGAGAGAGCGAGGAGGAUGAGGGAAAAGGUGGUGGAGAUGAUACCAAAGUUGCUCUACUCCGCGACAGUGGGAGGACUGGGAGAAGGCAUGCAGGACGCGUUCGACGUGGCCGUGGCGGGGGUGCUCCGUCGGUUCCGGGAGAAGCAGCUCCGCCUGCAUAGGGAAGAGGAUGAGCGUGUAUAAUAUGUUGGGUUAAGCUAGUCCUGAUACCGCUGGAGCAAGCUAAGGAGAGAGACGGUUCCGUAUGCGUCUCCUCCGACGAGAUGAACUCCGCAGAAUAUGAGAUGAACGAAGCAGUUUAAAGCGUCGGCUUGUUCCGAAAAUUUGUUGCAGUGAUCCUUUGCAAACUUACUGUACACCUUCGAAACCUGUUGCAGAGAAUAAUCAUGGAUUACAUCGUCGUAAGCUUUGAUUCGAGU